CCACCCUACAACACACAGCAGCUCAUAUCCCUCAUCUUUCGUCAGUAACUCAAUUGUACAACAUAUACCCUAACUUUACAUCUGGUAGCUUUCACUAUUCUUUUGAUUGUUUUUUCUUCCCGAAGAUCAAUCAUAUUGCACAAUAGAUUGCACCAGAGGGAACCACAUAGAAGACAUCUACCAAUCAACCACGUCGUCUUAGAAAUCUCCAGAUCUUGGAGAUCUACAAGCCAUUCGAGCCUCAUCAUAGUCUGGAUUCCUCAACGUCUGACGGUACCACACACAAUAAGCAUCGUGUCUACUACGGGACAACGACGUUGCUUUGGCUUGCUCCGUCCUUCAGCCACGAAUCAUUCCUACAACUCAUUCAAGAUCCACAAGAUUCAUAUAGGGAACCGAUUAAAGCUGCGGAGAGCAAAGGACGCGGCACGUCAUACUCGAAAUCCCGCUAUAUCAAUUGGUUUACUACCGCUCUUCCACCUCCAGCCUCAUUCGCCUGUGAAUUUCAUGUGACAACCUCUGCAUCAGUAGCGAACUCACACCGUGCGUCGGGCGAGAAUAUAGGCUCCUAUGGAUCACCAACCGGCGGCGGAGUCACAAUCGGGGCUAUCUUUACCUGAAUUAAGCCUCCUACAAGAUUUGGCUGACGCUAUCCGCAAAGUCCUAAACACAACGGACAAACGCGGUAGCCAGAAUCAACACAGCUCAGAAGAAGACCGAUUGUAUAUGGCUGUAGAUAAAGUUUUAGAUGAUAUGGAGCGACGACAGUUAGCGGCGAUUAGAUACGUGUCGCCAGAGUCGGUCAAAAACUUAUCACCCCCUAUCAUCAAAUGGUUCGAGGAUGUAGCUCGAGACGUAGGACGGGAGCUCGAAAAACCCGGCUCGGUGCCGGAUAUAUACGAAAAGGCGAAGAAGGCGUCUGAUCGUCUCUUUGAAAAGAUAGAUCAAAAUUGAAGGUUCUUCAAUCUUCAAGUGUACCUAGAUAAAGAUAGGCGUCAAGAUAUAUUCGCUAAAACAA